AUGCACCUGCCGCUGCAACACAGAGAGCAUCGCCAUCGCCCCCAACCCCCCGUUGCUCACCUGCGCGCUCGUCUCCCGCCGCUGGCUGCGCCUCUCCGCGCUUCUCCCCCCCGCCAUCACUGUCCCGCCCAGCCUUCUCUUGCGCCCCCGCCCUCUCCUGCGUACCCUCUCCGCCUUUCCCCACCUGCGCUUCGUCACGCUACACAGUUUCGCGGCGCAGGGGAGGGGCUGACACGUCUCUAUGAAAAGAGCCUUGGGCGGCUGAUGUGUCGGCAAGAGCUGGUUGUGAGGGACUGCUUGGCACUGCGCUGGCUUCCGACAUCUCUUGCGCUGCUGCCGUCGCUGCAGCGAAUUAGCGUGGAAGGAUGCUAUCUUGCCACACUUGAUGCUUGGACGCACCCGGAUACGGAUGGUCGUGGGUUGCCGGCUGUGCCUUCUGUUGGGAGGGUUGGGGUGCGAGAGUUGGAGGAAGGCCCAAGGAAUGACAUCAAACGCAGCGACGAUGCUGACGUGGUUGUUUUGGCGGUAUCGGGGGGUGCGAGUGAUGGGGAGGAUGUGGAGGCAAGCUGCGGGCAGCAACGGCCGCAUGGGUGGCGAAGGCGUCAGCGACGGCAAUGGAAGAAUCUCCACCUCUACCACGGCAAGGUUCAGCAGCAGCAGCAAAAGCAGCAGCAGCCGAGUAAGCAGGGUGGUGUCGCCACUGUCUCUGCAGCAGCACAGCCACGCCAGCCCCUGUUCUUUUCCAAACUGCAACACCUGGAGCUUGCUGACGUGCCAGCCAUGCAGCACCUACCACGUGGCAUCCUCCAGCACCACUCACUGAAGCACCUUGUGCUGGACGGCUAUCCAGGCGAGUACCUUUCUGCUACUUGCAGUGUCAACUCCGAGCCAACCAAGUCAAUGCUUGAGCCUCCCAUCCGCAUGCCCAGCUUGCAACAUCUCGUGCUACGCAACCUUCCCAAACUUUCCCACCUGCCCGCCUGCCUUUCCCUACCUGCCGCCUGCCCGUCUCUCACCAUCCUCUCCAUCAAGAACUGCCCACGGUUCUCCUCGCUCCUCACUCCUCCUGCUAGCCUGCACACCUUAAAGCUUCACAGUCUUCCCGACCUCACAUCCAUCUGCGACCCACUGCGUGCGCACUGCCCAUCGCUCUCUGUUCUUGUUAUAGACCAGUGCGCCAACCUCCAUAGUCUCACAGCACUCACAAGCCCAUCCUCGCUCCUCAACCCCUCUACCUCCUCCCCUCGUCUCUCCAUACUUGCCAUCGACAACUGCCCUCUCCUUGCUAUAAAUGUCUCUGCACGCACACCCUUUUUCCUUUAA